AUGGCCCCGGAGGGCACGGUGCAGGACAUGGAAGAUGAACCACAGACCACAGCGAGCAAAGGCUUCGGAGCCGAAAUAUUCAAGAUCUUCGGAGGUGGUAGUGGUAGCGCAGCUAAUGUAAAUGGGCCGAAGAAGACCACGCGAGACGGUCAACAGCCGAAGCGUCGCGGCCCUAAGCCGGAUAGCAAGCCUGCACUCACCAGACGGCAGGAACUGAAUCGCCAAGCCCAGAGAACACAUCGCGAGCGAAAGGAACAAUACAUGAGAGCAUUGGAGACCGAGGUAUCUCGGUUACGGGAGGCCUAUACCACAGAGAUUGCGGAGGCCAACACGACAAUUCAACAACACAAAGAGAUAAUCCAUUCGAUGCGAGAGGAGAACGAAAUCCUGAGGAGAAUCCUUGCAGCGAACGGAAUCCAACACGAAGCGGAUCUGGAGCGCCGCCGGGUGGAGCAUCCCCCGAUUAUGCCCUUCCUACCGGCCCUAGUAAGCUCUAGUACUGUUGUUGGCAGCAGCACCGCGUCACAGAGUGCCCCUCUCACCCAGUCGGCCAGCAACCACAACACAACCCCUACAACUACGAUCUCAUCCGGCAUGAGCCCCCGCGCUAAUGGCAUGGAUCACCCCGUGGUCUCGCCUGCGAUUGGAUACGCUUCCCACCAGCAAGUGUACCACGCGGGUGCAGGCGAGCAUUUUAUGAGCAUGGACCAUUCGUCGUGCCAACCCAUUGAUACUAUGCAGCCCAUUCCAGUCGCACAGGGAGGUGUCUUCGAGACAUACCCUCAGUUGCAGGUGGACUUUAUCUUAACACUCGAGAGCCCCUGCCGCGAACACACGGACUACCUCUGCCGACGCUCGGUCACAGAAGCGGAUGACGAAGACAUGCCGUUUUCCGGACACGCCCUGAUGGCAACAUGCCCACCACCCAGCUACAUCUCUAACACAACACACGAACAACCAUACCCGCACAUGGCGCCGGAUCUCCCACACGCAAAUCUGACCACACUCCUCAACCUCAGUCGACAGCUCGUGACAGAGGGACAAAUCACGCCAAUCAUGGCGCUACAAUGUCUUAAGAACCACAAGCUGUACACGGAAUUGCGACGUGACGACAUCAAGAUCGUCAUGGAUACGCUCAACACUAAGGUCCGUUGUUAUGGCUUCGGCGCUGUGGUCGAGGACUUUGAGUUGAUAGAUUGUAUGAGCAGUGUGCUCGGCACCAAGGUCGAUCUCAGUUUGCCGAGCACAGUCGAUGACUCAAUGUAUGGUUGA